AUGGUCGCACAAGAUGACCAAGCCACUCGCGAAUCUGCGAACGCCGACGACGAGCAGACGACAUUCGGCGCACCCUCACCCGCAUCGCAGAACCGCAACUCCACCGGCAGCCGCGUCUUGGGCAUGACAGGCCCUUCCGGAGAGGCCGGACUCCCGCCGUCGCGACCUUCAUCCAUUGCGAUUUCACAAACUGGGAGUAAUCGAAGAUGGUCCCGGGAACCGCCGUCGCGGCGAGGCGGAGCAGGCAUGCAGAUGAGCGCAGGGACAGCGAGUGUCGCUGGAAGCAUGGGAGCGCAGAGCAGGCCCACGACAGCCGCAAGCAGAACUCACGUCCCGCUGGCCGCGCAUGGCUUCUUCCGCCCGAUGAGCUCUCAGCGCCUGCAGCAGCAGCGCAACCAGCGCCCAACGUCGCUUCUCGGCCACAGCUCGCUGUACUCGGAAGGCACGAGCGAGGUCGGAGGAAACCCCUACCGCCAGAGCAUUGGCUCCAAUAAGACAGAGCGCACCCAGCACCCUCUCGGCCUCUCCCACUCCCACGAUCAUGACCAGCAACCUCCACCGUCGCGCGGCACCGAUAUAACCGACCGAGACCUCCCCGAUCGCACUACCGCAAACACCACUCCUACCGGCGCAGAAACGGUGCGGAGUCGCGGCGAGAGCAUCACGCCGCUGCAUCGACCUAAGCCUCAGCAUCUUGAUCUUUCCAAAUCCCUCAAGGCCGACUCUGGCAAGCUCCCGACCCCAAGUAGAUCGCCACGUUCUUUCAGCGCCAGUUUCGGGCUCUCUGGAAGUCGUGAAGGUCGCUCGCAGAUGCGCCCGCAGACAGGCCACGAGAAACUUGCUUCGGCCGAAUCUUCGCCAAGAAUGUCGCGGAAAGAUCCUACGAAAGAGACAGUGAAGAACGAGCUGGGCAAGAACUAUCAGUACUUCUCAGGCAAUACCGCUUUCUGUUGGGGGGGACGUUUACAGAACACUCGCGACCGACCAGUGAAUAUUGCGACUGGAACUUUUAUCGUUGUACCUUCUGCCCUCUUUCUGGGCUUUUCUGCACCGUGGCUAUGGCUUCAUGUUUCCCCUUCGAUACCCAUCAUCUUUGCUUAUCUGUUUUUGGUUUGCAUUUCCUCCUUCAUUCAUGCCACCGCGUCGGAUCCAGGGAUACUUCCUCGCAACCUGCAUCCAUUUCCUCCACCUAAUCCUAAUGACGACCCACUUAGCGUUGGCCCUCCCACAACGGAGUGGACGAUGGUCGUGUCGACCACUGGCGCCAACGCCGCUAUGGAGGUCCCAACCAAGUAUUGCAAGAGCUGCAAUAUCUGGCGACCGCCACGUGCCCAUCACUGCCGGGUCUGCGACAAUUGCGUGGAGACUCAGGAUCAUCACUGCGUCUGGCUGAACAACUGCAUCGGCCGACGAAAUUACCGCUACUUCUUCACCUUUGUCACUUCUGCAACUCUUCUUGGAGUCUUCUUACUAGCAGCAAGCUUGGUUCACAUCUUAGAGUGGCGUACUCAGAACCGCACGUCAUUCGGGACUGCGAUUGAUAAAUGGCGUGUUCCUUUUGCAAUGUGCAUUUAUGCAGUUCUCGCCACUCCUUAUCCGUUGAGUUUAGGUCUGUAUCACCUUUUUCUGAUGGGUAGAGGGGAGACCACACGCGAGUAUUUGAACUCGCACAAGUUCAUCAAGAAAGACCGACACCGGCCGUUCACACAGGGCAACAUCCUCAAAAACAUGAUUGCGGUCUUGCAGCGACCAAAGCCACCGACUUAUCUGCAUUUCAAGCGCAAGUAUGAGGAAGGUGAUCAGAGAUUUGGUCCACGCAGGGGUAAACGGACAGCGCCUCUGACAGCUGAGCAGCAAGGUGGCGGCCUGGAGAUGCAUGAUGUCCGUACUACGGCACAGGGUUUCCAGGGCCCGGCUAGCAGAGCGCCGCGUAACGAUGCUGGCCCGCACCCACUGUAG